UAUGGCAACACCAAAGUUCCAUAAACGAUCGGCAAAUGAAACGAGGUGGUUUUUGUGCUGCGGUGAAUAUUCUAUUCUGCAUAGAUCUAAUUGUGAAUAUACUAUAGCGUACGACCUAGUUAGAUCAAUUGUGUUACUUGGAGACCGCCUUUUAGUUUGUGAUAAAAAUAUUAUCGACAAAUAAAAUGGCGAACGACAUUGUAACCCCACCGGCAGUUCUAUGGGCUCAGCGGAAGGACGAGGUAUUACUCACGUUUAACGUCGAAACGACAGACCCUAUCAUUAAAAUAGAGAAAGACUCAGUUUACUUCAAAGCAGCGUCGCCUGACAAGAAAACUUACGAGGUAAAGAUCCAGGUUUACGAUGCCAUCGUGCCCGAGAGCAGCACGUUUGGCAACAAGGGCCGCUGUAUAGAGAUGGUGCUGAGGAAGGAGAAGAAGGACGCGCCGCACUGGCCCAACCUCACGAAGGACAAGAAGAAGCCUCACUGGCUGAAGAUAGACUUCAAUAAGUGGGUGGAUGAGGACGACGAAGAGGAGGAGAGCGGUGGCGGCGGCGGCGGCGGCAACAUGGACAUCGAGGAGAUGCUCCGGUCCAUGGGCGGCGCGGGCGCGGGCGACAAGGCUGACAAACCGUCCUUUGACGACCUGGAUGAUGACUCUGAUGAUGACAACUUACCCGAUCUUGAAUAAUACCUUUGGUAGUGAUAGAAUAACAUCGACAGUACAUUAUGUUAAGGUUUUUACAGUUAAUAAAAUAACAUUUUAAAAAAUUGCUUUCUUUUUUUAUCUGCUUGCUUUAAAUUAGUUUAAUAGUAAUAAAAGUAUCUGGUUACUACAAUUUAA